AAACUAUUAUUUUUAUUUCUCCUUUUUUCUCCACCUAUUUGCAAUAAUAAGUUAAUGAAAGUUGUAUGUAUCUAGUUGUACUUGUAUAUUGUAGGCGUUGUUUGGUUAUGUUUUUAAAUUAAGAUUUUCCAUCACCACCGAGUCAACUCACUGAGUCAUGGGUUGCUGCGAGUCAUCUUGUUGGAAGAAACCAGCUCGCCACCGCAAAGACCAGCACCACCAAGUCCAAACGCAGCCUUACUCCUCCAACGGCGCUACCACCACCGCCGCCGGAAUAACCGCCGCCGUCACCGACGGAGGAGUUCCGGCGUUCUCGGAAUUCUCACUCUCCGACUUAAAAGCGGCAACUAAUAACUUCAGCUCUGAGUUUAUCGUCUCCGAAAGCGGCGAAAAGGCCCCAAAUGUUGUGUACAAAGGGCGCUUGCAGAAUCGAAGAUGGAUUGCUAUUAAGAAGUUCAGUAAGAUGGCCUGGCCUGAUCCUAAGCAGUUUGCGGAUGAAGCUUGGGGAGUUGGGAAGCUGAGAUACAAGAGAUUAGCUAAUUUGAUUGGGUAUUGUUGUGAUGGAGAUGAGAGGCUACUUGUUGCUGAGUACAUGCCAAAUGAUACACUUGCUAAGCAUUUAUUUCACUGGGAAACUCAAACUAUUGAAUGGGCUAUGCGCUUAAGAGUUGCGUUUUAUAUUGCUGAUGCUUUAAAUCAUUGUAGUGCUGAAGGACGUCCACUCUAUCACGACUUAAAUGCAUACAGGGUUCUAUUUGACGAGAAUGGUGAUCCAAGGUUAUCGUGUUUUGGCUUUAUGAAAAAUAGCAGAGAUGGCAAAAGUUACAGCACAAACCUGGCUUAUACACCUCCGGAGUACUUAAGAAAUGGGAGGGUCACUCCAGAGAGUGUUAUCUUCAGCUUUGGAACUGUUCUUUUGGAUCUUCUAAGUGGAAAGCAUAUCCCACCUAGCCAUGCACUUGAUAUGAUACGUGGGAAAAACAUUCUCUUGUUGAUGGACUCACAUUUGGAGGGGAACUUUUCGACUGAAGAAGCAACUAUAGUUUUUGAUCUUGCAUCAAGAUGCCUGCAAUAUGAACCAAGGGAACGACCAAAUACCAAGGAUCUCUUUGAAACACUUGAACCCCUGCAAAAUAAAUCUGAUGUUUCAUCUUAUGUUAUGUUAGGCAUUCCAAAACACGAGGAAGCACCUCCUACUCCGCAGCACCCGCUAUCUCCUAUGGGUGAUGCCUGUUCACGGAUGGACCUUACAGCAAUACAUCAGAUUUUAGUGAUGACACACUAUAAAGAUGAUGAAGGAACAAAUGAGUUAUCUUUUCAAGAGUGGACUCAGCAGAUGAGGGAUAUGCUAGAGGCAAGGAAGCGUGGUGACUUGGCAUUUAGAGACAAAGACUUUAGAACUGCCAUUGAUUGUUAUUCUCAGUUUAUUGAUGUGGGAACCAUGGUUUCACCAACUGUCUUUGCCCGGAGAAGCCUCUGCUACCUACUUUGUGAUCAACCUGAUGCAGCACUUCGUGAUGGAAUGCAAGCACAAUGCGUAUACCCAGAUUGGUCUACUGCCUUCUAUGUGCAGGCAGUUGCGCUUGCCAAGCUCAACAUGCAGAAAGACGCAGCUGAUAUGUUGAAUGAGGCUGCUACACUAGAAGAAAAACGGCAACAACGAAGAUGAUUUCAAGGAAUCUACUGGGCUUCAUUAAUAUCUGUAUACAGUUGUAUUAAUUUUGUGGGGAAGAAAGGCACCAGUUAGUAUGUGAUCCAUAUUAAUAAACUACGUAGAAGUAAUUGUAUAAUAAUACCAAGGGCUGAGUAGUUUGGUGGAAAUCCAUAGCUGUACCAUAAGAAAAGUGAAGUUUGUCUCUCUUGCCAUUAAAAUUACUUCAUUCUUUUACCGAA